AUCAGAAAGUCAGAUCAUGCCUCCAACACACACUUCAGCAGCAUCUUCUAAUCAAAAAAUAUCCAGUGACCUCUGUAUCUGUAAUGAAGCUGUUAUCUCUCAUUUCUUCAGGGUACUCAUGAAUGUUACUAGUGAGAAAAUUGUUCAAGUGGACUUACAGCCCUUUCUUACCCAGUCACAGUUGGAAAAUGGCUUUGAAUUAGACUGGUUCAAAUCAGAACAUGAGGCGGAAAUGUUUACACUUCUGCAGCCCAUAUUAAAAACUUGUGUUGAUAGGAAAAAAGAUGUUACAGUUCAUAAAGAUGAUAAAUCAAAGGAUUGUGUUUUAACAGGUGAAUCUGUUAGAUUGGCAUGUACAUUUAAAGCACAAGAAGUGAAUAUUUGCCUUCUUUCAAUAAGCAGCUCAGCCAAAAGGAAGCACACAGCAGCAGGAAAGAACCAGCCUAAUUUUCAAGAUGUGACAUUGUUAAAUGAGAAAAUAGUUGUAUUUGUAUGUCCACGUGCCAGUUCUUCUGUUCUACAGCUUAGUCAGCUUUUGAAUAAUGAUACAGACAAGACCAGACGUCACCAAGAUAUUAGUGAAUAUUUUCAGUGUAAUUAAAUAGAUGUACAUAUUUUAUUUAUUUAGGAUUUUGCAAUAUCAGAUCUAUAGGAUAAAUACAGAAUGACUUAUGUCAUAUUGAAUUGUUGAAUAAUACAAAUUUACAUUACAAUUCCCACAUGCUUAUUUAUAAUUUUAACCCUAUCUGUUGAGGUUUGAAAUUCUUGUGGAAUAUCUUGUGUAUGUUAAAUUUUGAGUUAAAUAUUGACAUAAAUUUAAAAAAAACUAUAUAUAUAUAAUAUAAAAAAACAGCUUAAUUUAAAUGGCCUAUAAAGUUUUUAUUCAAUAGUGAAAUGUAGUAUUUGACAGUGUACUUAGAUGUGUGUAUAUUUUUGUAAUUGUUAUGUAAUUGUUAGUAAUGCAAAAGAGCUUUAAUUUGUCAAUAAUAAAACUUACAGAGUUUCAUGUUCAUUUAUAAAUGACAGACCAGCAAAACUUUUGAUUGAAUAUAUUUAAUGAGUUCAUUAUGUAAUAAAAGGUUAAAACGAAAAUGUUGAAUGGAGUAUAGUAUAUUACUGAACAAUAUAUAAAAUGUUGGUGUUUUUUUUUUUAUACACAGUUGAUAAAUAGGACUUAAUGAAUCAGGUCUCAAUAAAUGUUACAUCCUUGUACAGCUAUUACCAGAAUUCGAAGUUGCUAAAAAUAAUUUCAUAAGUAAAUGUGUUAAUAUUACAGAAACCCUCCUCUUAAUGAAGGGCUUUUUAGCUAGUCCACAUUGAAAUGUGUAGCUACCAUAAUCAUGAUAAAAUUGCAAUAAAAAUAUUGAAAAUACA